AUGACCAUCACUCCAUUGGAUGAGAACCAUGAUAUCUUGAUAUGGCAAAAUCCGGUGACCGUGGUCUACUCGAGCCCAGUAGAGUCUUUGAAAACCAGGCAUAGAUUGAUUCUGGCCGGAUGGCUCGCAGAUAUCAACUCCCGUGUGGCAUUUGAAUUGGAGAAUGCUAAGGACCGGAUUCGAUGGCAGCUGGUCCACUUCUUUUGA